CGAUUCCAGCACGAUCAUCUAACCGUUCGACAUUACCGUAGACCGUGCAGUAGUUAAAUCAGUUAAAUCAGUCUCUCGUGACUCAAGUCUAAGUCGUGGAGUUUAAUACUUGCGUUUCUUCUUCGAUAUAAAAUCAUGGAAUUCGUGUGAUAUUUUUCUCGUUAAUGAAAGAAAAGAAAAUCAAUUGAAAAUAUUGUUCUCUGUAUUAAUAAGAAAGAAAAAGAGAGAAAGGGAGAGAGAGAUAAACGAUGAGCCUUAAUGAAACGGUAUAUAUCGAACUGGUGGUAAACGUAAUAUGGUGUCUACAAGUGUACGGAUAUUUUUGGACAUAGCAUCUGGUUGGACGUAAACCUUUGACGUCUUGACUUCGGAAGUGGUCAGUCGUCGUUUGCUCUUGCGUUGGUUAUAAUCCUUGAGACUAGAAAUCUGAUUUUGUUUUUCUUUAUUUUUCAAAGACGAAUCUAUAAGACAACGAUUUCUUAUGGCAAAUCAUACGGGACCAGCAGAUAUCGCAGAAGUUACGUUCCAAGCUUAUGCAAGACAGCAGAUAACAAACGAGGAACCGCGAAGAUGUUAUCAUUUAAAAAUUCGAUUUAUUCUAAUGGCAAUAGUUUCCACAGUGAUCGCUUCUCUUAUUAUAUAUUGGUUCAUUAAUUCGAUUUUGGUUAAUCACAAUGACAGUAAGCAUUUUGAUUCGAACGGGUAUCGUUCUGCUUUGAAAAAACAGUCUCACUUCCAACUUCCUAGUCAGGUUAUACCAUUAGAAUAUACAUUGCGAAUAAUUCCGUUAUUGGCAGAGAACAAUUUUAGUAUCAUCGGUGACGUCAAGAUUCAACUUUAUUGCAAACAUCCGACAAAACACAUACGGCUUCAUUCUCGUAAAUUAAAUAUAAAGAACGUCAAAAUCACGAACAUUCGUCCCGCAAACAAAUCGUACAUUAUCGAGAAUUACAAGUUAAUUUCGGACGAUGAAUUUCUCGAUAUUUUUCUCUUACAACUUUUGAUCAAAAAUCAAAGUUACAUGCUAAGCAUUAGAUAUACUGCUGAUUUGAACGAAGAACCAAUUGGAUUGUUUCGUAGCAAAUAUAAAAAUAAGAUAUCUAAUGUUACAAGGUGGAUAGCCGUAUCGAAUUUUUAUCCUGAUUUCGCUCGAAGAACUUUUCCGUGCUUCGACGAGCCAUCAAUUAAGGCUCCUUUUCGAAUCUCGAUUAGUCGAAAAAUCGACAUGCGGACUCAUUCAAAUUCAAUACUUAUUGCCACCGAGAUAAAUCACGAUAUAUCAGGUCAUGUUUGGGAUCAUUACAAUAAAACCCUACCAAUGUCGACGUACCUGGUAGCUUUCAUGGUGACUGACUUCCAAAGUUAUCAGAUCAAUGUUACCGAUCGGCCAUUUCAUAAUAUGUUCGCCAGAAAAGACGUGCAAAAUGAUACCAUGUAUAUUGGAAAUUUAAUACCUCGGAUAGUCAGGCUCAUGCAAAAUUUAACGGGAUUCCAUUACGACUUGGACAAGCUCGACAUGAUAGCGGUACCAAGUUUGGCAUAUUCGGCGAUGGAAAAUUGGGGUCUCAUUACGUUUCGGGAAAACAACAUACUCGUGCGAAAUAAAAAGCAACAUCUUGAUAGCAAGCUAAGAUCCGCGAUUAUAGCAUCGCACGCGGUGGCACAUCAAUGGUUCGGUAAUUUGGUGACGCCAAAAUGGUGGUCCGAUGUAUGGCUAAAAGAAGGCUUUUCUUCUUUCUUCGGUAUUAAGGCUUUGAGCAUGAUCGAAUCGUCUUGGAGUAUGGAGUAUAUUAUGGCGGGGCAAUAUCGUGAAAUGUUUGAGAGAGAAGCGAAGGAAAAGGCAUACCCGUUGUAUCUCAAUUUAAGUAUGAAAAAAUCACUUCGAGAUAUAUACGAUUCAAGGGCAUAUCUAAAGGGCAAUUGUCUCGUCAAUAUGAUAUUUCAUUUUCUCGGCGAAUCGAUUUUUUUUUCAUCGAUCAAAAGAUACAUAAAUAUUUAUCGUCACGGUGCCGCCAAUCAGGAAGAUCUUUGGGAUAUAUUUCAAGAGGAAAUAAAGUCGAGGUCACAUAUGGAAUUCUCCAUGAGAAAUAUUAUGAAAAAUUGGACCGAUAAUGCAGGAUUUCCAGUCGUUCACGUCCUAAGAAAUAACGACACCGGUCUUGUCGAACUAACACAGGAGAGAUUUUAUAGGGACGCUUUAAAUCCUCGUGGUACGAGCGAGGAAUUAUGGUGCAUCCCUUUAACGUGGACAAUCGAAAGUGAUCAGCGAUUCGAUGGGACGUUGCCGAAGGCAUGGAUGCUUGAAAGACGCAUGGUGAUUAAUGAUACUGGCUUGAGUGAAGCAAUUUUCAAUAAUCAAUGGAUUCUCUUUAAUAUCAACCAAACAGGAUUGUACCGAGUGAAUUACGAUGUAGAAAAUUGGAGAUUUUUAACGAAUCGAUUCGAUAUCCUUCCCGAAACGACAAAGCUCCAGAUCCUGAAUGAUGCCUUUGCUAUGUUCAACGCAGGAUUACUCGAUCAAGCUUUCCUCUGGAAGAUUCUUCUUAAAUUCAACGUUGAUACCGAGGAAACAGUGUGGUUGUCAGUUAAGGAUGCCUUCAAAUAUAUCGAAUAUCGUCUAUGGGAUUCUCAAGUUUUCGAGUUUGUAACAUGCAAAUUAGUCGAGGACGUAUACAUUUCGAAGAUAAAAAAUUUGUUUGAGAUCGACAUCGAUAGCUGGAGUUCAUUUAAUUUCGAAAUGACAAAAUGGGCAUGCUCGAUGGGACAUAAAACAUGCAUAAAAUCCGUUCUUAAUUUUGUAGAUGAAUUAUUGCAAAACGAUACCUCGAUAACAGACGAUCUAACGAGGGAAUUUCGUUUGUGGGCCUAUUGUACGUACGCUAAAUUUUCUUCGGAAGAACAAUGGUCGAAGUUAUUGGCCAAAUAUCACGAACCAAAAGAAAACGAUAAAUAUAGCCUCGCUUAUGCUCUUGGUUGUACUCUAAAUAUAACUUCGAUCGAACGGUAUUUGUCGUCGAUUUCACUCGAAAAUAAAAAUUCGAAGAAUAAUGAAAAUCAAUAUGUCGAGGUUACGCUUAUGGCUAUCGCCAAUAAUCCGAGUGCACUUAAUCUAACGAUGGCCUUUAUAGAACAACUCGAAAACGUUGAUAAAAGGUAUAGCAAUAUCGAAUAUUACGAUCCAUUGGUUAAAAUUUUUUACGGUUUCUCCACUACUAUGGAUCAAGAGGAGAACGUUAAAUGGCUAACACGUUUCAAAGGUUCUACUGGUAGUAAGUACGAUACACUAAUCGAGACGAUAAUUAAUGACGUCAAGUUCAACGUCGCUUGGAACCGAAGGCACAAGAACGUGACGAUCGACCGAUUAAGGAUCAUCGCAGACACUAUGAACGAGAGUAAGGAUUGCCUGAAAAAUGGAAGAAGAAAUAUUUACGCAAGAGCAGCACCAGCACCAGCAGCAGCAGCACCAGCAGCAGCAGCAGCACCAGCAGCAGCAGCAGCAGCAGCAGCACCAACAGCAGCAGCAGCACCAGCAGCACCAGCACCACCACUAGCAAUAGCAGCAGCAGGAUCGGCCCGGUCAGGAAAACUUCAGCUGACGGCGAAGGUCCCUUUGGCAAGCGGCUCGAUGCUUCCACCCGGUAGGCCAACGUCCAAACGCAACUCGGGCUCUAGCAGCAUCGAAGGCAGCAACGGCUGGCGGCCACCACCUACUACCACCACCCUUAAAAAGUGGUGGCCAUGGUGGUUGUUAUUGCCAGGAUGUUUCGCCUCGUGGACAAAGUAUGUCGAGGAGUACGACUCGAUCAGAGUCGCCAGAUGCGACGCACGCUGCGGGGAUAAUCAUCCGGACGAGUGUAUAGAAAAUUGUUUAGCAUCGAAUUAUUCGAAACCUGGUUACUGUCCUGAUACUGCUUUUAUGUCACCCUUCGAAGCCGUUUGUUUGAUCGCUUGCGACAAUGAUUCACGUUGUCCAGAUUUGGCAAAGUGUUGUUCGCACGAUUGCGGAGUUACAUGUAUGCAUCCCGUCGGUUUAGACAACAGAACUGAUUUACCACCGAUCCCGCAAAAUCUACAGAUAAGGCAACAAAAAAGUAAUCUCAUCCAUUUGAAUUGGCGAAACAUUGGUCAUGUUUAUUCAAAUGUAUCCGGUAACGGGGAUGUCAGAUAUUUAGUGGAGGAACGUCAUCUUAUUGGUCCGCGUUAUUUAGAAUCAAGAUUAAGUUCAUGGACCGUCCGACAUGUUUCUACGAAACCUCACGCGACUCUUCGUGGUCGAUUGAAGACAGGCCAUUGGUAUCAAUUUCGUGUUGCAGCGAUCAAUGGAAACGGCUCGAAGGGUUACUCUCAACCAUCGAGACCUUUCAAGACAAAAGAGCCACGAAAUCCUAAAGAACCACAGAACCUGACCCUUUCAGGGGCACGUUUGGUCGGUGGAAAGUUGAGAAUCAAUCUUCGAUGGUUUAAACCCUCAUCGGACGUUCCGAUAACCUUUUACAAAGUUUUCUGGAGCAGACGCAUUCACAGUCCAACGAACGAUUCUGUACUCGUAUAUCACAGGACCGUUUUAAAGGAUAAAACUUGUUACGAGUUGAAGAACUUAGAACCAAAGUGUCAAUACUUUCUUCAAGUACAAGCGGUCGCGUUAUACGGUGGAAGACGUUUGGCUUCACGAAAGGCGUCAAAAGUUUUCAACGCAACGGAUUAUAUGGCCUUUGCCGACGUCGGAAGACGUUCUCGCAGGUGCGAAAGAUAUCAGGAAGGUCUUCACGUAAGAAGAAUGAUAUGUCAUUGUGGUGACGUUAAGGUACGAUUGGUAUGGACGAUUAAUCAAGAUGCAAAAAUGUAUAACAUCAGUUGGAAGGAAGAAUCAUGUACUACGUCGAUUUACGAGGACAAUGUGGAUACGAAAAAGAGACUAUCGUGGAAAGCUAUUCAGACUCCCCAUUACGAUUUACGUAAUCUUAAACAAGAUUGCACGUACAGCGUGAACGUGAGAAAUUUAUAUAGCAAUGAUAAAAGGGAUGAGCACGGUACGAGCAUAGAGUUCUUCGCUACGGGAUGCCAACAGGAUCGCGAUGAAAAAAGAUGGAAGUAUUCGAGUAACAAGGCUGCGCAAUGUAAAAAGAAAUCUUCCAAGAGUAAAAAAUAUUCCGAGGAUACUGAUUGACAUUGAAAUUAAUUGACA